AUCUAUCUCCGCGUUGCUAGGCAGGAUGUCCGCGUCGGCAGCCAAUCGGAUUGCCGAGUCCGCCAGCGGGCGUAGGGAGCUGAGACAAACCGGUGACAGCGUCUGAUUCCCGGGGCAGAGCACCACGGAGCCUCCGCGGAAAACAGCACAGACACGAUGCCGAACAAAACUAAGAAAGAGAAGGAAAUGGCUAAAAGUGCUAAAAUCAGCAUGAAGAGCAGCGGGGUCGGCGGGGGGGUCGGGGGGGGCAAAGAGGCUGCUGCCGAGAGCUCAGAGGAGUCCCAGCAGCAGAGCGGCAGCAAGCGUCCCAGUAACAGCACGCCUCCUCCCACUCAGCUCAACAAGAUGAAGUACUCUGGAGGUCCUCAGCUGGUGAAGAAGGAGCGUCGCCAGAGCUCCUCCCGCUUCAGCCUCACCAAGAACCGGGAGCUGCAGAAGUUACCUGCUCUGAAAGACUCCCCCCUGGUGGAGCAGGAGGAGCUGUUUGUGCAGAAGCUCCGUCAGUGCUGCGUUCUGUUCGACUUCGUCAGCGAUCCGCUCAGCGACCUCAAGUACAAAGAGGUGAAGAGAGCCGGCCUCAACGAGAUGGUGGAGUACAUCACACACAACAGCGAGGUGGUGACCGAGGUCAUCUACCCCGAGGCCGUGUUCAUGUUUUCAGUGAACUUGUUCCGGACUCUUCCGCCGUCCUCCAACCCAACCGGAGCAGAGUUCGACCCUGAAGAGGACGAACCCACCCUGGAGGCCGCCUGGCCCCACCUGCAGCUCGUCUACGAGUUCUUCCUCCGCUUCCUGGAGUCAGCUGACUUCCAGCCCAAUGUGGCCAAGAAACACAUCGACCAGAAGUUUGUGAUGUCGCUGCUGGAACUGUUUGACAGCGAGGAUCCUCGAGAGAGAGACUUCCUGAAGACCAUCCUCCACCGGAUCUACGGCAAGUUCCUGGGCCUCCGAGCUUACAUCCGGCGGCAGAUCAACAACAUCUUCUACAGAUUCAUCUACGAGACAGAACACCAUAAUGGCAUUGCUGAGCUGCUGGAGAUCCUGGGGAGCAUCAUCAACGGCUUCGCUCUCCCUCUGAAGGAAGAACACAAGAUGUUUCUCAUCAGAGUUCUGCUGCCGCUUCAUAAAGUGAAGUCUCUCAGCGUGUACCACCCACAGCUGGCAUACUGUGUGGUCCAGUUCCUGGAGAAAGACAGCAGUCUGACAGAGCCGGUGAUAAUUGGUCUGCUAAAGUUCUGGCCCAAGACUCACAGUCCCAAGGAGGUGAUGUUCCUCAACGAGUUGGAGGAAAUUCUGGACGUCAUCGAACCCUCUGAGUUUGUCAAAGUCCAGGAGCCGCUCUUCAGACAGAUGGCCAAGUGUGUGUCCAGCCCACACUUCCAGGUAGCAGAGCGGGCCCUUUAUUACUGGAACAACGAGUACAUCAUGAGUCUGAUCAGUGACAACGCUGCUAAGAUCCUCCCCAUCAUGUUCCCCUCCCUCUACAAGAACUCCAAGAGCCACUGGAACAAGACCAUCCAUGGUCUGAUCUACAACGCUCUCAAGCUCUUCAUGGAGAUGAACCAGAAGCUGUUUGACGACUGCACGCAGCAGUUCAAGGCCGAGAAGCAAAAAGAGAAGUACAAGCUGAAGGAGAGAGAGGAGAUCUGGCACAAGAUCGAGGGCUUGGCCCGACAGAACCCUCAGGGCAAUAGGCUCCACCCUCUCCGCCCAGGACUCCACCCACAGGAAGAGUACAUGUUGUACAGUGAUAGUACCAUAGCUGUGUACUCAAUGGAAACAGAGACUCCAACAGCUGAAGACAUCCAGCUCUUAAAGAAGACUGUGGAGACGGAGGCCUCACAGGUGACCUGUCUCUCUCUGUCUGUCACACACAUCUCACUGUCUCUUGAUCACCUGUCUCUCCCCCAUCAGGGUCUGAAGGACCUGAAGAAGGAGAAAGUCCUGAUGAGGAGGAAGUCCGAGCUUCCUCAGGACGUCUACACCAUCAAAGCCCUGGAGGCUCACAAGCGGGCCGAGGAGUACCUGACAGCCAAUCGGGAGGCCCUCUGACGGGGGGAGGCGGUUCCUUCUAAGCCGGACUCUCUGAUUGGAUGUAGAAGCUGAACCCUGGUUGUCGCUAACAAGUAGGACAUGUGACGAUGACAUCACCUCCCACACCUGCAUCUGUAUUCAUCCAUCUGACCUGAACGCAGCCUCGUGCACUCAGAGAGCCGAGGUUCUCGAGGGCAUCACCGACGGGCUUUUCCCUCUCCAGAACCGCACGAGGCUGUGAAGGAGAUUUCUCCUGAGGUUCCUCAGUUCUCCUCGUGUAAGAAAUGGAUCCACGUUAAAAAAAACAUUUCACUAUUUGAUGAAUUGUACAUUUUAACAUCUAGCGACCCGGCCCGUCUGUGUGGCGUUCAGGUGACGUUUGUAUUCACACCAUCAUCUGAAGGGUCAGUACUGAGCAGUUCUCUAUCAGGAGGAACCCAACGUCCUCCACCUGACCCGACUAAUCAGCUGAUGAGAUGAGGGGAGGUGGACAUCCUAUCAGCAUACAUGGUUUUGUUGUGUCCCCCAUGAGGUCAGAGGUCAAACUUGUUCAGGGCUGAUGGAGAACCGUCACGUAACCAAUAGGAAUUUGUCUAAAGUUUUGUCCUGUCAAAAUAAAAGCUGGCCACAACAAACUUUUCAAUCUCCCAUGAUUCCUUGCUGUCUGAUAAACGUCUCAGUUCCUACAUUGUAAUUAAAUACAUCUGUUCAAAGCUUCUCGUUAAUGACAGACAUUGAACUACAAUCAUUUAAAGAGCAGAUGACUCGUUUAUGCUUACAGGAGGCCACGCCCCAAAUCAAUAACCAUUCCAGUGGUGGCUAAGCCCCGCCCACCUCUAAACGUGAUUAAAUAUAAAGUGUAGCAGGUUUAUCACAUAUUAGUAACAUGUUCAUCUGAUGAAGCGUUUCAUUUUUGAUCAGCUUCAAAGACACGUUUAAUAUUAUAUAUUAUAAAAAAUAUUGCUUAACGUCACGGUGUCCUUAGAAUGUCCAAAAGAUAAAUAAAGUGCACAUGUUUGACAA